GCGGCAAAUGCCAUGACAUCUUGCGGGUAGCAUUAUAGCAGGAAGUAGUGGUGUGCGCACAGGCCUUGUUUUCCUGCAGUAAAUUACAACAUCAAGACGUUUGGAGAGUUGGUCUUAAUAUUUGGAAUUUUGAAUCGCUGCCGAGCUUCUGCUUAUAUCUUUGAAGAUGUCUGCAGCUACCGCAUUAGCUCCAGAGCCCUCGUCGACCGGCUUUUCGUUUGACAAUUGUCAGAGAAAUGCAGCAUUUGAAGCGUCUGGCAUCAAAUUGCCCAAGGCAGUGAAGACGGGCACCACCAUCUGUGGCAUUGUGUACAAGGACGGCGUGAUCCUGGGCGCCGACACGCGCGCCACCGAUGGCAGCACGGUGGCGUCGCUCAACUGUCAGAAGAUCCAUUACCUGGCGCCCAACAUGUACUGCUGCGGCGCCGGCACGGCCGCCGAUACCGAACAGACCACCAAGCUGAUCUCGUCCAACCUGGAGCUGCACUCGCUCAACACCGGCCGCCAGGCGCCGCUCAGCACGGCGCUUAAGAUGCUGGCGCAGAUGCUGUUCAAGUACCAGGGCCACAUCUCGGCGGCGCUGGUGCUGGGCGGCGUGGACCGGCUGGGGCCGCACAUCUACAGCGUACAUCCGCACGGCUCCGUCGACCGGCUGCCGUACGUCACCAUGGGCUCCGGCUCGCUGGCCGCCAUGGCCGUCUUCGAGUCGCGCUUCCGGCCCAACAUGGAGCUGGAGGAGGGCAAGCAGCUGGUGCGCGACGCCAUCGCCUCGGGCAUCUUCAACGAUCUGGGCUCGGGCACCAACGUCGACCUGUGCGUCAUCACCAAGGACGGCGCGCAGAUGCUGCGGCCCUACGACAAGGCCAACGUCAAGGGACAACGCCAGGAGCGGUAUCGCUUCAAGCGCGGCACGACGGCCGUGCUCAAGCAGCGGCUGGUCAAGUUUGACGUGCAGGAGGAGGUCAGCAUGGACACGUCCGAGGCGGGCGGCUCGCUCUGAGGCGACGGCCAACCCUUCACGGCCGCCCGGCGCGGCAGGAGGCGCGGCUCGAGUCGCGUGGCCGCGGCGGGCUCGGACCUGUCACCCGCCCCGUGACUACACCACCAGUGAUGAAACCUGUUCUUUGUCCCAAAAAUAACACAACCAUAACAG